AUGUCGCGACCAGAUUACUACCCAUCGAGGGGCAGUCCACCUGCGAGACAAGGCUACAAUCAACCAUACUCCCCAAAUGGCUACGAUGAUCGGAACGAUCGAGGCCGACCAGACCGUCAACGAUCACAGCACCAGGACCAGGCAUACUUCGAACCACCACCCACAGCAGCAUACGAAGAUCAAUACAGCCCAUACGACCAGCCUCGACAACAAUCAGAACACUUCCCAGACUACCCCAACUACGGCGCAGCACCACCAGACCCACGCCCACCACAACACCGCCCAGCACCAACGGAAUACUUCGACCGCGCCUACAGCAGCGAUCCAAGUAACCCAGCACCGACCCACGCCGACCCAGCAAGCGCCCUAACGCCCUACGACGACGAAAAAGCAGAAGCAGAAUGGCGCCGGGGCGUAGAAGAAGCCUACACAUACCAACCUCCACAACCUCCACCCACAGCCUACAGCGAACGACAAGCCUACGAAGGCGACCUCGUGCGCGAACAACGCGAACGCGAAUUCGAGCGCAACGAACGUGAGCGCGAACGUCGCUACUUCGAAGAACGCGAACGCCAAAGGGAACGCAGUCGCGAACGCGAAAGACGCAGACGAAGAGAUGAAGAUAGUCUCCGCGAGAAAGCCCUAGGCCGCCCCUCCGACCCCAAAAAGGGCGGCCGCGACGUCUUCGGCAGCUCAGAAGGCGAACGCGGUCUUGCCGCGAAGUUGGCAGGCGGCGCUGGCGGAGCCUGGAUAGCGCACGAAGUAACCGACAACGUCCUCGGAACCCUCGGCGGCCUCGUCGUCGGCGCCAUCGCUGCCAACACCCUCGAAAAACAACACGAAAAGCGCCAAAACCGUAAACUCUACGGAAACCGACGCCCUUCGGACGAUCCUUCCGCGAAGACGAAUAAGUAUGGCGAAGUGGCGUAUCCGGUGCCGGGGCGGAGUAUGGAUGAUGUGAGGCGGACUGGGCGGGAUGGAAGUCGGGAGGAGGUGAGGGAGCGGGAUAGAAGGGCGAGGGGGAGGAGUCAGAGUUUUGUUAGUAGUUUGAAGGACAGGGUGAGGAGUUUGAGUAGGAGGAGGGUCAGGUCGCCGCCGGUGAGUGGGAGGCCGCAGGCGAGUAGGAGGAGGAGUAGUUUUGAUAGUUAUGAUGAUGGGUAUGGGGUGGGGGAGGGGAGUCAUAGGCGUUGA